GACCCCAGACUGGAACCGACACCGAGCAGCCUUCACAGACCCGAACAGACCCGGAGGACCGAACCGAGUCCGACCAGGACCUCACAGCUGAGUUUGGUGAUAUAAGCGGACCUGGACCUGGACCUGGACCUGGAUCUGGACUCAUGGAGAUUUCAUUCGCAGGAAAACGGGCUCUGGUGACCGGAGCAGGAAAAGGGAUCGGCAGGGCCACGGCUCUGGCUCUGGAUCGCUGUGGGGCAAAGGUCAUGGCGGUCACACGGACACAGGCCGACCUGGACAGCCUGGUUCAGGAGCGUCCGUCCAUCGUCCCUCUGUGUGUUGACCUGUCAGACUGGGCGGCCACAGCGGCGGCCCUUCAGGAUGUGGGCCCCAUCGAUCUGCUGGUCAACAACGCCGCCUACGCCAGUCUGCAGCCUUUUCUGGAUGUCACCCCAGACCAGUUUGACCAGUCAUUCAAUGUGAAUGUGAAAGCUGUGCUGCAUGUGUCUCAGAUCGUGGCUGGUGCCAUGAAGGCCAGAGGAUCGGGGGGUUCCAUCGUCAACGUGUCCAGUCAGGCAUCCCAGUGCGCCCUCAGGGACCAUGCAGUCUACUGUGCCACUAAAGGAGCCUUGGACAUGUUGACCAAGGUGAUGGCCCUGGAGCUGGGACCCCAUCAGAUUCGUGUGAACAGUGUGAACCCCACAGUGGUGAUGACUGAGAUGGGCCGACUGGGCUGGAGCGAUCCCAACAAAUCCAAGACCAUGAUGUCCCGCAUCCCCCUGGGACGCUUUGCAGAGGUGGAGGACGUGGUCAACAGUAUUUUGUUCCUGCUCAGUGAUAAGAGUAACAUGACCAAUGGAGUCACUCUGCCGGUGGAUGGAGGCUUCCUGUCCUGCUGACACCGACUCAGAGGAAACGACCGACAGAGCAGUGAGCAGCUUCAUUUCAUUCAUUCAAUAAACUUUGUCACUGCACCUCCACUGUACAUGUUCCUGUG